UUUCCUCCUGAUCUCCACUGCAGUGAUCUGUAGUUUUCCUCCUGAUCUCCACUGCAGUGAUCUGCGAGUUGGUCCCAGAGGACCGGAAGUUGGCCUGUUUUAGACGACUUCUUCCUGAGACCCAACGGCUUGAACCACGAGCAGGUUCAGUUGGGUUAGAAACAGAGAUGUAAAAAUGCCUAAACUCUUGGGUAAAUGUCGUGUGUUGUGGAAAGAGACAGCGGCGAGGCCACGGUUCAUUUAGCGAGUGCGAAUGUCACAGGACCCCGUUGCGGACACAUGCGCUAGCAGGCUAAAUGCUAAAAACAACAUCGGCGCACGGCGAUGACGCGCGGAAGCGACGUGGGUGGCCCACUUCAAAGCUCGAAUUAAAUCUGUGCUCACCUUAGACCCGGCGUCUUGAUCAGGUAGGAAAGUGAUGCACGCGCAUGCGCGCGGUGGUUCCUCUUCACCUCCGCGCACCGACACCUCGCUGAGAUUUCAGUACCUUAACUAUUGAACUGCGCGCGCACACGAAUGAUGGCUGGCUUCCGUGUAACCGGAGACCUGCGGCCUGGUUUCCAGGGCAACGGACAACAAAACUGCACGCUGGACCGAGGCAGUGGCUGCAAAACCUGUCAGCAUUCUGUAAACGUGGAUUCGUCAUGAAGAGGGCUGAGGUAAGUAACGCACAGUUAAGUUCGUCAGGGUGGAAUGACUGGGAUGAAGACGCGCUCAAGUGCAAUGUUCAGCGCGGAGGUCAGACCCGCCGGGCCUCUGGGUUUCACCGGAGAGCGACACGUUCCCACGUGGAUGAGACUCUGUUCGGGAGGCCGGCGAGCUCGGCGCCGGGCGCAGACGCCGAGACCCUCCAGAUAAUCACCAGAGACCUGGUCCGCACUCUCAGGGUCAGGCGCCGCGACCUGGCAGGGGAGUCCAUCAGCCUGGCCUCCACGCAGCUGCAGAAGAUCUGCUCCACCAGUGGAGACGCCGCCACAGAGGAAGGGAACGCGCUCCAGUGGAGGAGAGAGGAGGGGAUGAGAGCUGCUGAGGAGAGAAGGCGUCAGCUGCAGGAGGCAGACGAGUCCCGUGGAGAGAGGCAGGCUCCGACUGAGGUGGAGCUGCAGGCCCAGGCGCGAGCCACACGCCUGCUGGAGCGAGCGAACCACCUGAGGCUGGAGCAGGAGGAGGAGGUCAAAGAGCUCAACAAGCUGAUUCUGGGGGCUCAAUGUCAAGCCACUCGCGACGCCCAAAUCCAGGAGAAGAAAGUCAUCCAGCAGGAGAUGACGGAGGAGGAGAAGCGUCUGGAUGCCAUGAUGGAGGUGGAGAGGCGGAAGGCUGUGGAGGCGGUGGAGCAGAUUGAAGAGCUGAGGAGACAACAGAGAGUCAAUGGGAUGCAGCAGAUCUGCAGCCAGAUCCAGGAGCGGCUGGAGGAGAAGCAAAUGGAGGAGAUGAGCAAAGAGCAGGAGAGACUUCAGAUCAGGGAGAAGCAGGAGAGAAUGAACCUGGAGGAUCUGAAGAAUAAUGCUGUCUCGCACAAGGCCCUGGAGAAGAAACGGGAGGAGCAGCGGCUUCUGCACCAGGAGGUGAUGCGCAUCAAUGCUGAGGCCAUCCAGGCCAAAGAGCAGAGGAGGGAGGAGGAGAAGCUGGCUGACAUGAGGGAGAUGGACUACAUCAAGAAGAAGCUGGAGCGGGAGGCCGAGUACGACGCCGAGCAGAGGAGGAUCAAGAAGGACAAGGAGCUGGAGAUCGCCAGGCUGAGGGCUCAACAGCAGCGGGCCAGAGACUAUAAGGCAGAGCAGGAUGAGCUGCGAGCCAGGAGGAACCAGGAGGCAGCAGACAGGGAGUGGAGGAAGAAAGAGAAGGAGCUGGCUCUCCGAAAAGCCCAGGAGGAGGAGAAGCUCCGGGCGGCCCGAGUGGAGCAGGUGCACUGCAAGGAACACUUCCUGUCCAUGGAGGCCGAGCGCGAGAAGGCCGAGUUUGAGCGGCUGCUCAAGGUUCAGCAGGAGAUGCUGGCCAGGAAGAAGGUGGAGGAAGGAAAGCAGAGGGAGAGCAUGCAGAAACACGCUGAAGCCAUCAGGCAGCAGGUGAAGGAGGUGGAGGCCCAGGCCGUCAGGAAGAGGAUGGAGAUCUUCAAGGAGGGCCAGCGUCUGAACCAGGAAGCCAGCAGGAAGAGAGAGCACCUCAAUGAGGUGAAGGAGAGGAAGCUGCAGGAGCUGAGGGAGACUGGACUCCCGGAGAGGUACUGCAGCCAGGUGCAGCGGAAGGCUCGGGCCCAGAUGAGCUGAGCUGGCGGAGCCGUCCACACCACUCACAAUAAAGACUCCACGCCGUCCUCAGUUCAGUUGGUAGUGUUUAUUUGGGCUAGUACUUCCCUUUCUGUUACGUCGUAUUCUCCACUUAUCGUUGACAGACCCUCUGUAUUUAUUCAUAUGCAUGACAACAGAAAAGAAGUGAUGGCAGGGUCAGGUGACACGCAACACACACAGCUUUUAAGUUGGAGUGGGGGGCGGGGAGUCAAGUACAUCAAGGUAAAUACUUUUAUUUGGGACCUCGCCACAGAAAACGGGACGUGAGGAGACCUACAGUCACACGGAGCCUAGAGGAGUGUGGUGCCCGGCCCUCACACCCUCCCGCUGUCCCGGUCAGCGGAGGAGGGGGGUGGGGCGGGGGGAAGGGGUGUGGCUUCUCCAUCAAAUAGGUUUUUUUUUUUUCAUCGAGCAACUUUCACAUCUGUACAACGUAACGGUGAGCGAGGGAAACGGCACGACACCUGUCACACACACACAGACCUCAGCACGAAGAGGCUGGAGAGGAGAGAGAGUCCCGGACUCCUGCCUGUCACAUACACAGACACAGUCUCACACAAGCACUGUCCACAGCACGAGAGGUCACUGGAACACAGGGAGGAGCAGCUGCCCAGGGUCACACACUCACACAGCGGCCCGUGUGUGUCAGAACUCCAUCAAGCUACAGGCCUGUGCGGGAUAUACUACCAUGACGGAGUGGUACUAGCUAUGGCCAUGGAAGGGGCAGCAUUUGUUCAGCUAUCACACGCCGCCUCUUCCCUCCUCACAAUGUACAA